CCUUGUAUGUACGCGUUUUUUUUGUUCCCGCUUUUUCCCCACGGGAUUGGAGUUUUGCCGGACCUUGGAUGGAUUGGGGGGAGGAUUGAGGAACAAGUGAAAUUUGUUCAUCUCUGGGUUUUUUGACUUCUCGCGCUCCUGUUCCAAUGGGAAUGUCAUAAUCAAUGGUCUUCUCUCGCCGCUUCAUUUUAUUUAUUUUUUUCCUCUGCGCGUCUGUCUUGUGUGUGGGUGGCCUUUUGUGUUUGUGGGAUGAGUUUUUUUUAUUUCUCCCCUCGGUACUUCUUUUUUAGUAGUUUUCUGUUUCAUUCAUUCCUCGGUGUUUUUUUCUUUCGUUACAUUUUGUGUUUUUCAUUUGUGUUUUUUUUGUUGUUUUUCUUUUCUCUUGCUUGUAACAACUUACAAGAGCAAAGCCGGUGUUUAUGGGGGGCGUUUUUUCUCUUUUCCCUUUCAUUUCCUUUUCUUGUUCUUUUCCGAUUGAGGGGAUCUUUUUUGUGUGCGGAUAUCUUGUUGUUGGUUGCUCUGUGCUAGUUGGGAAUCGUGAGUUGGGAAUCAAUCGUGCUGGUGGGAUUUUUGUAGAUGGUAGCUGCUGGUUUGGAUUGGAUUGGAUACCUAGCGGAGGAGGAGGAGGGCAUGGAGGGGCAGGCAGGCCAUGGAGGGGGCAGGCAGGCAAGGCAAUAUAUGAUCCAACUCGUGCAUGGGCACACCGUACACUUUCUACCUAUCUAUGCGGAUCUAUCUUGGUGGUGGCG